AUGACCGACGAAAAUAACCCGAAGCGGGGCACCUCCUACAACAAUCAAAACCAGCGCAACGACAAAGACAACACAGACCACACCCCGACCAAUCCGUCCGAUAGCACCGCCGACAAUGGUCCCAGCUCGUCGCUCGCCGGUCGGAUUCACAAUUCAGCCUCAGGGCUCGCGAGGUCUGCCUUCUCUGCCUCGGCUUCGGCUUCGGCUGAUGCGGCGACCUUGUUAGCCGGUGGGAGCGGUAGCAAGGCCGGACCUUCGGCGUCGUCGAGGGCUGCGUUGUCUGCUGCACAGCGAUUCGAUGAUUCAGGGGCUCCGACGUCGUCCUCUGCUCGUGGGCUCUCUGAGCAAAGUGCGUCGGGGGAGACGUUUCGGUCGUCCCUUACAACAAGCCAGCAAGUCGGCGGUUUCGCUCUACCUUCGCUCUCCUCGGAGGAGUUCCAAUCCAGCUACUGUGAUGAUCCGUUAUCAGAAUCAACGAUAAACUCAAACAUCCGCGAAAGCCAAAGAGGCAAAGGAAAAGCCAAAGAGAUCAACCCAUCAACGCGGCCCUACACCACCGCCGAGAACGCCUUCCCCCAAGACCCCACCCCGCAAGCAACAUACUCACCACUCCCUACCGAUGGCGCCGCAGUCACAUCCCUCCUCUCCUCCAGCACCUUCGACCCCGAAUUCCCACCCCUGCCACACGAAACCUUCGAACCCAUCGAAACCGACCUCUCCUUACCCCAUCUCACCGCGGAGGAAAUCCAAACGAUCGACUCCUUCCGACGAGAGAUGUCGCUACCACCCAACACCCAAUCACAAACCCAACCCCCGCACCGCUUAACGCCCUACAGCCUCGUCCCGGACAUCGACACGAUCCUGAACAGCGCCGCUCCGUCCACCGACUCAGAUGCGACGGUCCUUCGGGACACGGUAUUAACUAGUCUUCCUGGCUCCGCGGACUGGGUUGCGGUGGACGAGCGGUACCAUGACGAGGUGUGGGGAUAUUUGAGGCCUGCGUUGGAGGCUGCGAGGGUGGAGAUGGAAGCUAAGAAAGAAGGGGAGAGGGAGGGUAGUGGAUUGGGAAAGGAGGAAGACGGGCCUGCGGUGAGGCGGUUGAAGAUGAUUUUGAAACAUAUGGGGAGCUAA